UCUGAAUCCAACGGCCUCUGUGCACGGUUCACAAUUCUUAAGAGUAGACGUUACAAACGUAUCAUGUACGCCAGAGCGGGGCGCAGUUUGCAUUUGUAUUUGCCGCCAAAUUUGCAGAAAUUAUAAAGCGAAAGAUAAAGCGGAGCAACCGAGAAAGAGUGUUUCUAUGGAAGAAGAAGACGAUGACACAGUUUCUUCAGCCAGCGAUUCAAGUGAGGAAUACAUCAGAGUCGAUGAAGAUGAUCACGAAUCGGAAGAUGUGGAGGAGCGAUCUUCUGCUGAUUCUUCUCCGCCGAACGAAACUCGGAAAUCAGAGAAUGUUGCCGCGCUUUUGAGAGGAAACCUUGUUGUUAGAAGGCAGCCGCUGCUACCUCGGGUCCUUUCGGUUUCAGAUGGUGCGGCCGUAGCUAGAAACCCUUUCAAGCCUCCAUGUUCUCAACGGUACAGUGAUCAGAACGACGAACUUGCUCGUCGCCUUGGUGCUCGUAAAAGAUUUGUCCCUUGGGGUUCUUCAAGGCCUGCAUUGGUCGCUAUAACCAAUCGCUUGAAUAUCCCGACUGUAGUUGAGAACGAUAUCCCAGAGGAAAGCGUGUCCCUCCCACCUGGGGUUGAGCCUUUGGUAUUGUGGCAACCUGAAGAAACUGAAGAAGAAUGUGGGAAUUCGGCUCCAAUUGUGGUAGAUCCAUUACUUGUUCGUUUCCUUAGACCCCAUCAAAGAGAUGGAGUUCAGUUCAUGUUUGACUGUGUUUCUGGCAUAACCAGCUCUGCUGGUAUUUCCGGAUGCAUUCUGGCAGAUGAUAUGGGUUUGGGAAAGACAUUGCAGUCAAUUGCGUUGCUGUAUACACUUAUUCGUCAGGGAUUUGAUGGGAAGCCAUUAGUUAAGAAAGCAAUCAUUGUCACCCCAACCAGCCUCGUCAGCAACUGGGAGUCAGAAAUUAAGAAAUGGGUCGGGGAAAGAGUUCAUCUUAUUGCAUUAUGUGAAAGCAGCCGAGAUGAUGUGGUCUCCGGAAUCGACAGUUUCACAAAAUCUCACAGCCCUUUACAGGUGCUAAUUGUUUCUUAUGAGACAUUUCGGAUGCAUUCAUCAAAAUUUGAUCAAAGUGGUUCCUGUGACCUUCUCAUAUGUGAUGAAGCCCACAGGCUGAAAAAUGACCAGACAUUAACAAAUCGGGCUUUGGCUGCUCUUUCAUGCAGGCGGCGCAUUUUAUUGUCUGGUACUCCAAUGCAGAAUGAUCUGGAAGAGUUCUUUGCCAUGGUUAACUUCACUAAUCCUGGAGUGUUGGGUGAUGCUGCAUAUUUUCGACGUUACUAUGAGACCCCAAUCAUUUGUGGAAGAGAACCUACAUCAACUGACGAAGAGAGAAAACUUGGUCUUGAGCGAUCUAUGGAACUUAGUGCCAAAGUAAAUCAGUUUAUACUGAGGAGGACAAAUGCUCUCUUAUCAAAUCACUUACCACCAAAGAUAAUCGAAGUAGUUUGCUGUAAGCUGACUCUUUUACAAUCAGAACUUUAUAAUCAUUUCAUACAUUCAAAAAAUGUCAAGCGAGUAAUAACAGAAGAGACCAAGCGGUCAAAAAUUUUGGCAUAUAUUACUGCUCUUAAAAAGCUUUGCAAUCAUCCAAAGCUAAUCUAUGACACAAUCAAAAGUGGGAGUCCGGGAACGUCAGGGUUUGAGGACUGUUUACGUUUUUUUCCAUCAGAGAUGUUUUCUGGGAGAUCGGGUUCAUGGACGGGUGGUGAUGGGGCUUGGGUUGAACUGUCUGGAAAGAUGCAUGUCUUAGCUCGGUUACUUGCUCAUCUGCGUCAGAAGACAGAUGAUAGAAUUGUCCUUGUCUCAAACUAUACACAGACCCUGGACCUUUUUGCUCAGUUGUGCCGUGAAAGAAGAUAUCCAUACUUGAGGCUUGAUGGAACCACAUCUAUCAGUAAGAGACAGAAAUUGGUCAAUCAGUUUAAUGAUACAUCUAAGGAUGAAUUUGUCUUUCUCUUAAGCAGCAAGGCUGGUGGUUGUGGGCUUAAUUUGAUUGGUGGAAAUCGACUUGUGCUUUUUGAUCCUGAUUGGAAUCCAGCCAAUGAUAAACAAGCUGCUGCAAGAGUUUGGAGGGAUGGACAGAAGAAGAGAGUGUACAUAUAUAGAUUCUUGAGUACUGGGACCAUUGAAGAAAAGGUCUAUCAACGUCAAAUGUCAAAAGAAGGGCUUCAGAAAGUUAUUCAGCAGGAGCAAAUGGAUGAUGGUCUUAAGGCACAGGGGAACUUUCUUUCAACAGAGGAUCUGCGUGAUCUUUUUGCAUUUCAUCAUAAUGUAAGGUCUGAAAUUCAUGAAAAGAUGAACUGCAUACGUUGUAGAAGACAUGAUUUAGGGGCAGAUGACUAUCCUGAGAAUGCGAAUGAGGUAGAAGAUAGCAGCAACUCAACAACCAAAUGUUGUGAGUCUGACCAAAUGGCUUCUGAUAUAGGUGGAUUUGCAGAAUUUGCUGGAUGUUUGCGUAAGUUAAAAGACUCAGAGAAACAGAUUGGAACCCCCCUUGAGGAGGAUCUAGGAAGUUGGGGACACCAUUUUCAUUCAACGUCAGUGCCUGAUGCUAUUUUUCAAGCUUCAGCUGGUGAUGAGGUCACAUUUGUUUUCACAAACCAAGUGGAUGGAAAGCUUGUACCUGUUGAAUCAGCAGUGAGUUCAGGACAUAAAAUCCAGAUUGAUACAAAGAAAAAUUACAGUAACAAGUCUUCGUUUGUGUGUCAACAAAUUCCACAACCAAUCUACUCUAUCUCGUCAAAUGAGGAUUCCACAAAGAGCUCAUCACCUGCUCUAAUCAGACCAUUUCAGAGGGAAUCGAUGAAAUUGAUGAGAACAUCUCUAAAAGAAACAAUUCGUGCACCAUUGAAGCUUAAACCUUCUAUUGGUAAUCAUUUACCCCUCAAAAGAUUGUCUGGUGGUUCUGAAGAACAUGGUGACGAUUUUAUGUAAUUUGUUUUAGGAAUUUGCAGCACCUCUUCUUAAUUCAUUUAAUUCUAAUCGCGGAAUAAGAUCCACCGACCUAUUUGCUCAACUGUUAUAAACUAUUUUUUGGAUUUGUGUUCUGAUGAACAUCGAAUGAAAAGAAGUAAAAAUAAAGCAUCCCCAUGUUCGAUUCUCCAA